AUGGCUGUAGCUAAAAAGCCAGUUGCUAAAAAAGCUCAAUUACACCAGAAAACUGGUAAGAAGGGUGUCAAAGGCGGUAAAAUCCGUGGUAAGGGUCAAAGAAGGAAAAUCAAUUUGAAAUUCACAAUUGACUGCACACAUCCCGCCGAAGACAGCAUCCUCGAUGUGGGUAACUUCGAAAAAUACUUAAAAGAACGUGUAAAAGUUGAAGGCAAAACCAAUAACCUAGGCAAUCACGUUGUCAUCGCUCGCGACAAGACGAAAGUAGCUAUCAGCGCAGACAUUCCCUUCUCCAAGAGGUAUCUAAAGUACUUGACAAAGCGUUACCUCAAGAAGAACAAUCUGCGUGACUGGCUUCGAGUGGUUGCCUCAGCCCAUGAUUCAUAUGAAUUGCGUUACUUCAACAUCAACGCUGACAGUGACAAUGAAGAUAAUGAGGAUUAG